AAGUAUAAAUGUAUAAUAUUUUAGAUUUAUGUCACUGUUAAAUUUAUUAUCAGCCGGACACCUGACACAUGACGAAUGUUUAAUUUUGAUGUUGACAAAAAAUUAAAUUAGAGGAGUGUAAAAAAAAAUAAUUGAUAACAUGAAUUUAUUCUGAAAGUGCAACACGAUUUUGAAAAACAUCUUUAACAAUUACGAGUUAAAAAAUAUAUGAGAUGAAUUCGUGUUGGGUUCAAAAUUGUACAUCUCCAAUCAGUGGAACGACACCAAUAAUAUUUACGCAACUAAUUCAGACACUUGUGGCAGCACAAUGUAGUCUUGGCAGAAUAGACGAUUAUCCACCAGAUCGAACAUCUGAGAUUGUGGAAAAUUUAAACGAAUCAUUCGAUUUUAUAAUUGUCGGCGGUGGUUCAGCAGGAUCGGUUUUGGCUGGACGAUUAUCUGAGCAGCCUGAUUGGAAAGUGUUACUGAUAGAAGCCGGAAGUUAUCCUUCAGCGAAAAGUGACGUACCAGCUUUAUUUUUUGAUCUAUGGAACACUUCAGAAGACUAUGCUUACCAGGAAGAACCGCAAAGAGAUUUUUGCUUGGGAAUGAAGAACAGACGUUGUAAAUGGUCGGGAGGGAAGGUAUUAGGUGGAGGUUCUACUAUCAAUGGUAUGAUAUAUAUUUAUGGAAAUAAACGAGAUUUUGAUGAGUGGAAAGCAGAAGGUAAUGAAGGCUGGGGCUACGAAGAUGUUCUUCCGUAUUUUAAAAAAACCCAUAAUUAUCCACGAGAAAUAAUCGAAAAAUAUGGUGACAAGUUUUUAGGAAGUGAUGGGCCUCUAAGUCUCCGGUUAUGCAAUGACACAAUUCCAGCAUUUCAAGACGUUAUAAUAAAAGCCUUGGCAGAAGUAGGUAUUCCGAAAUUGGAUGUUAUUAAUAGAGAUCGUUACAUUGGAUUUGGAAGAGUACACAUCAAUGCAGAAAACGGGCGCCGUCUUAGUGCAGCGAAAGCAUUCUUAUCCCCAGUAAGGAACAGACAGAACCUUUUUGUCAUGACUUCUACGAGAGCUGAUAAAAUUUUGAUAAAAGACAACCGAGCUAUAGGAGUACGAGUUACACUCAAAAAUGGCCGGACAAUUGAAAUAAAAGCAUCGAAAGAAGUUAUUCUAUCUGCUGGAACCAUGGGAUCUCCGAAGUUACUAAUGUUAUCUGGUAUCGGGCCUAAAGAACAUUUGGAAGAAUUUGAGAUUGAAUGCAUGGCUAAUUUACCAGUAGGAAAAUAUCUUAAAGAUCAUAUUGUCUUUCCGGGUAUUUUUUUGGAAUUUGUGAAUCAAUCACAUGUAGAUAAAACUCCUCUUGACUCACAGGAUGAUGCGUACACGUAUCUAGCUCAUGAGAAAGGAGCAUUGGCUGGUAUUGGUGGUGGAGACUUUAAUGGUUUUAUUAGUGUCGAGGAUCCCACUUCACUUUAUCCAGACAUACAAUUUUUAAAUUUUUACAUACCGCAGGGUGACAACUCUUCUAUUUUUAAUAUGCUAAAUGCUUUUAGUGUUUCACCAGAGGUGCGAGAUAGGAUUGUUAACUCAACAAAAGCUAAUCAAAACUUUCUAAUGUUUCCUACUUUGUUAAAACCAAGAAGCAUUGGAGAAGUCAAAUUACGAAGUAAGUUAUCCGCUGACCCAGUUAGAAUUUUUCAACACCACCUAACGGAUAAACGAGACACAGCGAGAUUGCUAAAAUCUGUAGAUUUUGUUAAAAGCCUUCUGGAUACCGAGGCUUUCCAAAAUUUUGGAGUAAAAAUACGAAAUAUUAUAAUACCUGGAUGCGAUAAAUUUGAAUUUGAUAGUGUUGGGUAUUGGGAAUGCUUUAUCAGACACAUUGGGUUUUCUGCUUAUCAUUCAAUUGGUACAGUUCGCAUGGGAACUCCUGACAACCCUAAGACUGUUGUCGACUCAAAAUUAAAAGUUUUGGGAAUCGAUCAACUUCGAGUCAUAGAUGCUUCGAUUAUGCCAGAUAUUACCAGCGGUAAUACCAAUGCUCCCACAAUGAUGAUCGCAGAAAAAGGAGCCGAUCUUAUUAAAGCGUUUUGGCUCGAAUGAAAUAAGUUUCAAUUC